AUGCCCGCCCGGCAACUCGCCUGCUUUUCAUGCAGACCUUCGCCAUUGUUAAGUAAGGGCGGUGGCGAUAGGAUUUUCUUUCUUUCACUUUCCUUCUUUCUGUUUUUCAUUGUAUUUUCUUUUGUCGUUUUCGCCUUUCUUUCAGUUUUUUUUAUCUUCAUUUUUCUUUUUUUCGCACUUUCUUACGUUUCCUUUUUCUUUCUUUCUUUUUCUUUCUUUCUUUCUUUUUUCUUUCUUUCUUUCUUUUUCUUUUUUCUUUUUUCUUUUCUUUUUUUUUUCUUUCUUUCUUUCUUUCUUUCUUUCUUUUGUUUCUUUCUUUCUUUCUUUCUUUCUUUCUUUCUUUCUUUCUUUCUUUCAGCUCCUCCCACUGCCACUCAUCGUUGUCGCUUUGACUUCCUCCCGGUUUUGGUGGCUUUUCACUUCCUUCUUCCUUCUUCAUUUUCAAUACUGCUUCGGCAGCAACAUCCGGCUCAGCAAUAUCUGAUGUCGCUGGGUUGCUGCGGUUUGGCUACAGCACGAGCAUCAGCAGCAGCUGCCAAGGUCUAUGGCACUUUCUUACUAUCUCACUCUGUCGAUACGUAUCUAUCUAUCUAUCUAUCUAUCUAUCUAUCUAUCUAUCUAUCUAUCUAUCUAUCUAUCUCAGUCUGUUCCUAUCUAUCUAUCUAUCUAUCUAUCUAUCUAUCUAUCUAUCUAUCUCAGUCUGUUCCUAUCUAUCUAUCUAUCUAUCUAUCUAUCUAUCUAUCUAUCUAUCUAUCUAUCUCAGUCUGUUCCUAUCUAUCUAUCUAUCUAUCUAUCUAUCUAUCUAUCUAUCUAUCUAUCUAUCUAUCUCAGUCUGUUCCUAUCUAUCUAUCUAUCUAUCUAUCUAUCUAUCUAUCUAUCUAUCUAUCUCAUCCAUCUAUCUAUCUAUCUAUCUAUCUAUCUAUCUAUCUAUCUAUCUAUCUAUCUAUCUAUCUAUCUCAGUCUGUUCCUAUCUAUCUAUCUAUCUAUCUCAUAUCUAUCUAUCUAUCUAUCUAUCUAUCUAUCUAUCUAUCUAUCUAUCUCAUCUGUUCAUAUCUAUCUAUCUAUCUAUCUAUCUAUCUAUCUAUCUAUCUAUCUAUCUAUCUAUCUAAGUCUGUUCAUAUCUAUCUAUCUAUCUAUCUAUCUAUCUAUCUAUCUAUCUAUCUAUCUCAGUCUGUUCCUAUCUAUCUAUCUAUCCAUCUAUCCAUCUAUCUAUCUAUCUCAGUCCAUCUAUCUAUCUAUUCAUCUAUCUAUCCAUCUAUCUAUCUAUCUAUCUAUCCAUCUAUCUAUCUAUCUCAUCUAUCUAUCCAUCUAUCUAUCUAUCCAUCCAUCUAUCUAUCUAUUUAUCUAAGUAUCUGUAUUUAUCUAUCUAUCCAUCUAUCUAUCUAUCUAUCUAUCUAUCUAUCUAUCUAUCUAUCUCAGUCUGUUCAUAUCUAUCUAUCUAUCUAUCUAUCUAUCUAUCUAUCUAUCUAUCUAUCUAAGUCUGUUCAUAUCUAUCUAUCUAUCUAUCUAUCUAUCUAUCUAUCUAUCUAUCUAUCUAAGUCUGUUCAUAUCUAUCUAUCUAUCUAUCUAAUCUGUUCCUAUCUAUCUAUCUAUCUAUCUAUCUAUCUAUCUAUCUAUCUAUCUAUCUCAGUCUGUUCAUAUCUAUCUAUCUAUCUAUCUAUCUAUCUAUCUAUCUAUCUAUCUAUCUAUCUAUCUAUCUCAGUCUGUUCCUGUCUAUCUUUUUCCCUUCUUCUUUCUAAUUUCGUUCUAUCUUUCUUGAUUUUCUUUCUUUAUUUUCUACUUCCUUCCUUCUCCCCCUCUCUUUUCUUUCUUUCUUUCCUUCUUCUUUUUACCUUUUUUUUCUCAUUUUCUUCCUUCUCUUUUUCUUUCUUUCCAUCUCGUCUUUUGUUUCUUUUCUAUUCUUUUUUCUUUUUUUUCCCUUUUUCUUUGUUUCUUCUUUCCUCCUCCCCUUCUCUCUCUUCUUUUUCAUUCAUUCUUCCUUCUCCUUUCCUUCUUUUUUUUACCAUCUUCAUCUUUUUUGUUCCUCUCUUCUUUAAUUACUUUUUCUUCGUUUUCCUUCCUUCCUUCACUUUUGUUUAUUUCCUUAUUUUUCCUUUGUUAGUUCCAAUCUUCUUUCUUUCUUUCUUUCUUUCUUUGUUCGUUCCAGCUUCCUUUCUGUCUUCCCUUCUGUCUUCCCUUCUUUCUUUCUUUCUUUCUUUCUUUCUUUCUUUCUUUCUUGCUUUCUUUCUUUCUUUUCCUUCAUUCAGUUCUGUCAUUAAUUCUUUUUUCUUUUUCGAUCAACACUUAAAGAAAAUAAAAAUGAAACUUGGCACUGGAGAUCCGCCGCUGACAGUACAGCUUGAUUACACGAAAAAUGUUGUGUGGAAGGUACUUCCUAUUCUCUGCAGCUUGGCCGAGCUGCAAAAGCCGACGGUAAUGGCUUUUUGCAUCGUCAACUGA